AUGAGCAGAUUAGUGGCUGUAAAACAUAGAAAAGAAUCUAUCUAUCUAUCUAUCUAUCUAUCUAUCAAUCUCAGUCUGUUCACUAUCUAUCUAUCUGUCUCUCUAUCUAUCUGUCUAUCUCAGUUUGUUCACUAUCUAUCUAUCUAUUUAUCUAUCUAUCUAUCUCAAUCUGUUCAUUAUCUAUCUAUCUAUCUAUCUAUCUAUCUCCUUCUGUUCAUAUCUAUCUGUCUAUCUAUUCAAUUCUAUUUUAUCUAUAAUGGUAAGGAACCCACUGCUUCCACGCAGGAAAUAAUGUCCCAGAGUUCUCUUCAUCAGAGUAGCGCUGUUCUAACUCUCUCUCUCUCUCCCUCUCUCUCUCUCUCUCUCUCUCUCUCUCUCUCUCUCUCUCUAAAAUUGCUUGCCACGAUUAGCAUCCAGGUAUCUGGGCCGCAGAGCUUUCAAGAUCUCUUAACUGUCGAAGGUUAUGUCUACCCUUCAUUCCGGGAGGCCUGCUUUAUGAGCGGUCUUCUUCAAGAUGACACGGAAUGGGAUUCUACCUUAGCAGAGGGCGUCCUUUUGAUAUCUCCUGGCUGUCUCCGGUAUUUAUUCGCAAUACUUCUUCAGUGGUACGAAGUAACCGACCCAAAUUGUUUAUGGGAGCGCUACAAAGACCACAUGUCAGAAGAUUUCCUACGUCAAGCUCAGUCCCAUAAUCCUGACAUCCAGGUUACAUUCAGCGGGAUAAUUUACAACAGGGCACUAAUUGCACUCAAAGACAGUCUUCUAGAGUCUGUUCAUUUCUAUUUAUUUCAAUCUGUUCAUAUCUAUCUAUCUAUGUCAGUUCACAUCUAUCUUUGUAUCUAUCUACCCACCUAUCUCGGACUUUUCUUAUUUAUUUAUCUGUGUCUGUGUUCAUAUAUAUUUCUAUCUAUCUAUCUAUCUAUCUAUCUGAACCAGUUCAUAUUUGAGUGUAUUAAUCUCUCUCUCUCUCUCUCUCUCUCUCUCUCUCUCUCUCUCUCUCUCUAA